AUGGCUUCCAAGAUUAUCGUCAUUGGCAGCCCUAACUGUCAGCUACAGGCAGUGUUUACCAAACUGGCAAAGUUGCAUACGAAACAGAAUUUCGCGUUUGCAAUCAUUGUCGGCAACCUCUUUGGUGACUGCUCCACGGAAGCUGAGCUAAAUGAGAUCUCGGCUCUUUUGCAGGGAAACAUCCAUGUUCCUCUGACAACUUACUUCACCGUGGGAAGCCGACCGCUCCCUACUAGAAUUGUGGAGAAGAUCGAGGCAGAUGAUGAAGUCUGCCCUAAUCUCUACUUCCUCGGGAAGCGAGGUAUUCUCAAGACGGCCGAGGGCAUUCGCAUUGCCGCCCUCGGAGGUCAACUAGACCAGUCAGGAUCUUCCAAAUCCAAGCCCGAGACCAAUGCCAGUGGAAAGUUCCAAUCAACAUACACCGAGUCUGACGCUCGCGCCCUCUACGGCAUGCACAAUGCGGACAUUCUAAUCACGAAUCAAUGGCCCAAGGAUAUCCGCUUUGGCUCCAAAGCUGCCGUGCCAGAGGAUUACAACUCGAUCUCGUCCGAGGUACAAAUCAUCUCGGACGUGUGCGCCACACUCAGGCCACGUUAUCACUUUUCCGCAUCCGACUCGUUCUUCUACGAGCGAGAGGCUUUCUUCCACAUGCCAACGGAAGACAGCCCCGACACCAAGCCGAUGACUCGCUUCAUCUCCAUGGCUUCAUUCGACUCUAAGCAGAAAGCUCUCUACGCAUUCUCGUUAGACCCCUCUGCCACGGCCCCUCUCACCAUUCCCGCGGGUGUAACCGCCUCCCCUCUCUCAGCACCUCAAGCCAAGCGCAAGAAUCUCCCUAGCCAAAAGGAAUCAUUCCAACGUUUUGCCACCCACGACAGCCACCACGGCUCUUCCCACAAUCAGCACCGCGGAAAGCGACAGCAGCGUGAACCACCCCCAGGACCGGAUAGAUGUUUCUUCUGUCUAUCCAACCCCAACAUCGCCACGCACCUCAUCACCUCCAUCGGCGACCAAAGCUACCUUACAACCGCCAAGGGACCUCUGCCCCCAGUCAACUUCUUCCCCUCUCUCGGGUUCCCAGGUCACAUGCUCAUCAUCCCAUUCGAGCAUACCCCAACCCUAGGCUCAAUUCCAGACCCGGCUACUCGCUCAAGCACAUACAUCGAGAUGGUCCGCUUCAACGCUGCGCUACGUCACAUGGUCAGCGACCGCUCAUCCGGACAACUCGGCGCCGUGACAUGGGAAGUCAGCCGGGCCGGCGGCAUCCACACCCACUGGCAAUUCCUCCCCGUCCCAAUGGACCUAAUCAAAGAAGGCCUAGUCGAACUCGCCUUCAAGGUCGAAGCCGAAAACCUAAAUUACCCCCGCUUCUCAGGUCUCGCAAUAGCCCAGUCCGACGGUGCCGCCGACGUCGAACCCGAGAGCGGGAAUGCCCUAGGCGAGCGGGGCGAUUACUUCCGCGUAUCGAUCUGGAGUGCAGGCAGCGAAGACGAGGAGAAGGAGUCUAAUGGUGACGCCGACGCCGAUGCGAGCAAGACUCGACCGCCCGGAUCGGAGAAAGUCCUAACGCUAGAGCUGAACCCGGAUUUCAAAUUCGAUUUGCAAUUUGGUCGCCGCGUUAUGGCCAAGCUGCUGCAGUUGGAUAAGCGGAUGAACUGGAAGGAUGCGACGCAGUCGCAGGCGGAAGAAGAGGCUGACGCGAAUGCGUUUAAGGAGGCAUUUAAAACGUAUGAUUUCUCGUUGGAGUAG